UGAUGACCAAAUUGAUAACUGAGACUCCAGACCAUCCAAUCCCUUUUCUCAUUGAUCACCUGCAGACCAAGCAAGACAGCCCAGGCAAGCUGCACAGAGCUCUGUCAGGCUCCGCAGCACUGUGGGCGCAGAGCUCCCCAGAAAGCAAAAACACUCGCAGGGAGCACAGCAACUAUGAGAAGCCGUGGCAAAUUCACCCGAAGAAACCGAAAAAAUCCAAGAGUGACCUGGCUGUGUCAAGUAUCUCUCCUCCUUCACCUGAAUCCAAGUCCUUGCCACGAUCUAUCGAGUGCCCGUCCUGGGACUGGAGGGAGAGCCGGGACUUCGACGAGCUAAACCACAUCCUGCGGGAGAGCAAGAAGCUGGGCAAGGCCCUGGAGAGUCUGUCCCGCAGCAUCGCCAUCUCUGAUGAGCUCGAUCAGAACUUGGGAGGCUUUAACUCAGUGAUGCGCCCGCGGGUGGUGGGAGAAUGGGUGGGCCGGGAAGAGGAGGACGCGGACCCGCUAGCUGCUGAAAUGCUGCACCCUCCUGUCCCUCGAGCUAAAACAGAAGUGUGCUGGAGUGGAGACAGCAGCCCUGCUGGGAGCCUGAAAAUGGAAACAAAGAGCAAAGGGCUCAGGGAGCAGCAGCAGCAUCACAAGAAGCUCCUGGCAGCCAUGUUGUCCCAGGACUCCUUCGAUUCGGUCCACAGCCCUGCACCCUCAAUCGCAGAGGAAGACAUGGAGGACGAGGAUGACGCCAUGGAGCUUCUAGGUAAG